CGAACUUGGAAUGUCGGAUGACUCACCAUUCGAGUGAAGAUAGCAAAUGGAGGCAAGUGAAUUUGAUUGUUUCUUACUCGCAGUAAUUAAUGUCUGCUCUUAUUUAAUUACAACACAUUGAGCCAACUUUGUUACAAGUAUUUACCUGCUUAUUUUAAAUUUAAUACUAAUUAUUUAUCUAUUGAUCUUCUGUGAAGUCAAGACUAUUAAUUAAUCAUAAAAUGUCAGAGCAGUUAAUCAAAGUCGAGUACGCUAAGACAGGGCAAUCUGUCUGCUAUAAAUGUUACGAAAAGAUUAAAAAAGAUGAACUACGAAUCGGAAAAAUUAAAAAGAGUUCUCAAAUUUCAACUGGGGCUAAAACUGUAUCAUGGUUCCAUGGUCAAUGCUUUUUUGAUGAAAAUAAUCCAAAAUCAAUUACUGAGAUCGAUAAUUUUGACAAUAUUAAGUGGGAAGAUCAAGAAUUUAUUCGGAAAAAAAUUGAAAGUGGACCAGUUCCCGGUACAAGUAAAGAAAGUCAACAUCCGAAAACGGAGAACAAUUUAAAAAAAUCUUAUGUAAUUGAAUACGCUCUAUCAAACAAGUCAAUCUGCGCUGGGUGUGAAGUUUACAUUUUAAAAAAUGAUGUGCGUGUUCAGGUAUCAGAGAAAAGUUCUUACCAGUGGUAUCAUUUUGAAUGCUUUUGUAAGCUACGGUGUCAGCUAGAUUUCUUUGAGGAAGGAACCCAUCUUCGUUAUUACAAAGAAUUAAAGAAAAAAGAUCGGGAUCUUGUUAAGAAGGCUUUACCAGAUAUCAAAGAAAAUCAGCCCCCGAAAGAAAAGAAAGUGACAGCUCCCGUCAAAGUGAACACUGCAGUCAAUCAAAAUCUAAAAUGCUCUGAAGAACUUAGAAGACAGAAUGAAGAAUUGUUUGAGGUUAUCGAUGAGGUGAAGAUGAUGAAGGCUAAGGAUGUCACGGAAUUGUUGACUUUUAAUAGCCAAUUCACUCCCACCGAUAGAACUGAACUGUUUGAAACUUUGGCCGAUCGUCUGGUCUUUGGAGCUCUGCUCCCGUGUCCUAUUUGUUCGGGACAGCUCACAUUCAAGUCCGGGUCAGGCUAUAAAUGUUUCGGUAACAUCAGCGCAUGGACCAAGUGCGUUAAUGUUGAGUUAAAUCCGAAAAGACGUAAAUUUUUAAUCCCUGAGGUAUACGAGGACAAAUAUUACUUUUUACUCGAGUACAUACCUAAGGUAGAGCGUCGUAUUUUACGUGCAAUUGCCCCCACAAAUUUGCCUGCUCCAGCGAAAAUGCCCGUUAAAAAAGAACAGAAAGUUAACGGUCCCAAAGUUAAUCGGGGUCCCAUGCCGCUCAGAGGAAUGCAGUUUGUCCUGGUCGGGAAAACUAAAAAGACCAAAGACACACUGAAGAGUGAAAUAUUCCAACUCGGUGGUUCCUGUAUCACUAAAGUUACUGCUAAUGUAGCAGCGGUAAUUGCCAGUGAAGAUACAGUAAAAAAAGCUGGUAAAGCCAUAGAAGAUGCCAAGAAAUUAGAUAUUCAAGUUAUUUCUGAGGACUUUGUUGAAGAAGCCAAAGUCUAUAAAACUUCAGCGGUCCCAUUAAUCGUGAAGAAAAACAUCUGCAGUUGGGGAAGUGAUCCCACGCCUCGAGUAAACGCUUGCAUUAAAAUAUUAACAGCUGCCGUAAGAGGUCGACAGGUUGAAGAACCAGCAACUGGAACAAUAAAACUGCAAGUAAAAGGCGGUGGAGUCGUAGAUUCCAACUGUAGGCUCCGGCAUUCUGCGCACGUUUACCAACGUGGUGAUGAAAAAUUCACCGUCACACUUGGAAUCACUGACAUCCAAGUGAAGAAAAAUGAUUUCUUUAAAAUGCAGGUAUUGGAGAGUGACACCAAAAAUUCGUAUAGUAGUUACUGGUUUUAUUACACCUGGGGGCGCAUUGGCGAGACUGUAGAUAGAACUAAAAAUACCAAAACCUGUUGGUUCAAUCGAGAUGAUUGUAUCACGAAAUUUAAACAGUUGUUUAAAGAAAAAACGGGCAAUUCAUGGGAUGAACGCAACAACUUCGUAAAACUUCCGGGUAUGUAUUAUAUGAUUGAUACCGAAGAAAUUCAUGAUUCAGAUGUUAAUUUGGAGUCAACCAUACCAAGUGCUCUACAAAAACCAGUUCAAGAGCUGGUGCGACUUAUUUUUGAUGUCAUCAGUAUGAAAGAGACAAUGAAAGAGUUCGAGCUCGAUGUUAAUAAAUUGCCUUUGGGAGCACUGUCUAAAAAUCAACUUCAAAAAGCUUAUCUUGUGCUAAAUGAUUUGCUCUCAAUUGUCAAGAGUGGCAAAAAAAAUUCAGUAGCACUCAUUGAUCUUUCGAAUCAAUUUUACACUUUGGUUCCUCAUUCAUUUGAAGUAAACGAUCCCCCGAUUCUGAACUCACUGAAACUACUAAAGGCGAAAUGUGAUAUGGUAAAUUCAUUACUUGAGAUGGAGAUAACGUACAAGCUACUAAAUACACAAAAGGAUGCUAACAUAAAUCCUCUGGACUCACAUUACUUUCAACUCAAUACAGAGAUUCGUGUUUUGGAUAAAAAUAGUUCUGAGUUUAUUUUGAUAAAUUCAUACGUGAAUAAUACGCACGCAUUUUCGCAUAAUUCUUAUAAACUAAAAAUACAUCAAGUCUUUGUCAUUAAUCGCAAAGACGAAGAGCAGAGGUUCCGACCUUUUGCGAAGCUGCAUAAUAGAAGACUACUCUGGCACGGAUCGCGUACUACAAACUUUGCUGGUAUUCUGUCUCAAGGAUUGCGCGUCGCACCACCAGAAGCUCCAGCUCAUGGUUACAUGUUCGGAAAAGGAAUUUACUUUGCUGACAUGGUCUCAAAAUCAGCCAACUACUGUCACACUUCCAAUCAAAGUCCUACUGGACUUUUACUACUCUGCGAAGUCGCGCUCGGAAACAUGUAUCAGAAAUGUCAAGCCGAGUAUAUCGUGCAACUUCCAAAUCACUUUCAUUCGACUUUCGGUAAAGGCAGAAUUGGCCCAGAUCCCAGGACCACUUUUACAACUUCUGACGGGGUUACAGUUCGAUAUGGGCGCGCAGUUUACCAAACAAUACCUUCGGAGAUAACUCAAUUACGAUACAACGAGUACAUUGUUUAUAACCCAGCUCAAGUAAAAGCUAAAUAUCUUCUGCAAGUUAAUUUCGAAUACAACCUCUAACAUAUUUAUUUUAACAAUUGAUAUUUAUUAAAUUCUAUUUAUUUAUAAGCUCAGUAGCGCUUUUUUCGCUUGUUUUUUUUUUUAUUUAUCGAUUUGUCCGCUGGCGGAUUUGAUUCUAUAUUUUUGCACUUGAUAUUAUCUAAUUUUUCUAAGAAGACCUAUAAAUAUUUUUUAGAAAUUAAAUACAUUAUUGAUAUUUUUUUUUAAUUUGUAUGUUUUGUCAGGCGCCUAUAAAAUAGUUCACGCACUGGAUAACUCAUACAUUAUAUACCAUUUAUAAGCAUUAAGAUUUAUUAAGAUUUAAGGAAGCUAUAAUUAUUUUUAAUUAAUAUUUAACAAAUUUGUAUUUGAAAUCGACCAAAUACUUAUUGAUAAUAGAUGCGAAUAAAUUAUAAUUUUUUUGUAUUUUUAAAAAUAAUUCU